AUGGCGGAUGACGAUGAGUUUGAAGAGUUGUUAAAUAAAAUCGAACAGAAACUUGAUCAUAAAAAUAAAAGUUUCGAUUCUGAUUCGUCUGCUAAGAAGAAUCAGAAUGAAAGAAGAGACGAGAAGAAGUUCCGAAAUAGUUUGAGCAGCUACGACUUUGAAGACAUUUUGAACGACGGACCAGCCACUGAUGACCAUGACCACGCCAGGAGGCACAGCACCGCCGAGAAGACCCUCCACCAUUCCUACAACUACAACAGGCACCACCACGGCUCUCUAAAAAUCAGACCGUGCGACAACCUCAGAUGUACAACUUGUGACUUCAAUGUUUCUUCAUUUGACGACAUGGCCUGGCUCGAGGAGGUCGGUUAUUUAUUUCUAAGGAACAACAUGCCAGACUUCAAUAGGAUCAAGAAUAAGCUUAAAAAAUCGCUAGGCAGUAGAGCGUAUGCCUGCCAGUGCACCAAUUUGAACGUUGGUGACAGAAUUCUCCCCCUUAAAAUAGCGUCACCCUCCGUCAAAUGGGUCUGCGGAAAACACUCACACUAA